AUGGCUCUUGUGUUUCAAAGAAAUGAAGUCGAGUUCGAACGUACGGGCGUCAAAGGAAAUAUACCAAACAAUGACAUUGCAUAUUUAAUGUAUUAUUUACAAUGUGUAUGUACAUCGAUUAACUGUAAUAAUGAUCCUGAUAUUCAACGUUUUACAAACUAUAAUAACUGGUCCUCCUUGUCCAUCGAUGAACAAAGAGCACUUGUCGCUGUUUGCUAUGCGUUUAGCCCUGAUGUUCUUGCUGAUAGGGUCUUCUUCCAUAGUGAUACUCUAUGUGGUGAACGGGCAAAUGAAUUUUACACGAUCAAUCAAGUACGUAAUCAACUUGUAGCUGCUGAAUCAAUCAUUAUAGCUGGACGAGUACGAGUGGUCAAUCAGAUUAUGACAUACAAAAUUGGAUGGAUGCAUAUAUAUUAUAUUGGUCCAAUGCAGCGACUUUUAGCAAGACUCAAUACUUCUUCUCAACGUCCUGCAUUUAGUCACACACCUACUUAUACGGCACCUGUUAUAAGACAGAGAACAAUAACGACAACUUCUAACAAGGGAGGUUUGAUCGUUACUAUUAUCUUCGUCUUGAUUACUAUUAUUAUACUCUUCAUUAUUUUCAUGCAUUGA